UGGGCGGAUAAUAGCUGAGCCUAUCUAGCGAUACAUUUAUAUCUGCAUCGUUGCGCCACAUAACAAGGCGAAAUCAGCUAACUACAAUGCUAGGACAAAAGGAUUCAUAAAGGACCUAUAUCUAUAAGGUUAUCACCAUGGAGUCCUACGAUAUAAUAGCAAAUCAGCCUGUGGUUAUUGAUAAUGGCUCCGGUGUUGUUAAAGCUGGUUUUGCAGGAGACCAGAUCCCCAAAUACUGCUUCCCAAACUAUGUGGGUCGUCCAAAGCAUGUUCGGGUGAUGGCAGGUGCUCUGGAAGGAGAUCUCUUCAUUGGCCCAAAAGCAGAGGAACACAGGGGGCUCCUGUCUGUGCGGUACCCAAUGGAGCACGGUAUUGUGAAGGACUGGAAUGACAUGGAGCGCAUCUGGCAAUAUGUGUACUCUAAGGAGCAACUACAGACCUUCUCUGAAGAGCAUCCUGUGCUGCUGACAGAGGCCCCCUUGAACCCAAGUAAAAACCGGGAGCGUGCAGCAGAGGUGUUUUUUGAGACCUUCAAUGUACCAGCGCUCUUCAUCUCCAUGCAGGCAGUAUUAAGCUUAUAUGCCACAGGCCGGACUACAGGAGUGGUGCUGGAUGCUGGUGAUGGGGUAACCCAUGCUGUGCCCAUCUAUGAAGGCUUUGCCAUCCCUCACUCUAUCAUGCGGGUCGACAUUGCUGGGCGUGAUGUUUCACGCUACCUACGCCUGCUACUGCGCAAGGAAGGCUAUGACUUCCACACCUCAGCUGAGUUUGAGGUUGUGCGCACUAUCAAAGAGAGAGCAUGCUACCUCUCACUGAACCCACAAAAAGAUGAGACCUUGGAGACAGAGAAGGUGCAGUACACUCUUCCUGAUGGCAGCACAUUGGAUAUUGGCCCUGCUCGGUUCCGAGCCCCAGAGCUCCUCUUCCGUCCAGACCUGAUAGGGGACGAGAGUGAAGGAAUCCACGAAGUUCUUGCUUUUGCCAUUCAGAAGUCUGACAUGGACCUGCGACGUACACUCUUUUCCAACAUUGUUCUCUCUGGGGGCUCCACACUCCUCAAAGGUUUUGGUGACCGGUUGUUAAGUGAAGUAAAAAAGUUGGCACCUAAAGAUGUGAAAAUAAAGAUCUCUGCACCUCAAGAACGACUCUACUCCACGUGGAUAGGGGGCUCCAUCCUUGCGUCACUGGACACCUUCAAGAAGAUGUGGGUGUCAAAGAAGGAGUAUGAGGAAGACCGAGCACGUGCCAUCCAUCGGAAGACAUUCUGAAGAGACUGGUGGUGCUCCUAUUCUGCCCCAAAAAAGUCCACCAACUAGUCCACCACACCCCCUGAUGGGGAGAGCCCAUGGCUCCCUAUGGCAUGCCUUCUACGGACUCCCCUACACGCCAUAUGACGGGGAAACUGGCCAGGACUGGCAAAGUGUUGACCAGCAUUUACCAGAAAGACCCAGAACCUGUCCCAAUGACAAGGCUUUAAGUUGCAUCUCUUGAUAUUGUAGAUUUUAUUUUUGUUUUGUUUAAACACAUUCAAGGCUAAGCUGCAUUGCUUGAUUCAAAUUCUGUAUUUAUUCUGCUGUGUGUUAUGCCCCAUAAAAUCCAUCACUUAAAUGACAAUGAAGGUGAAUGUUCUGCUUUACUUUGAUAGAUUCAAUUAAGACUUGUUUUUACCUUUGGGUGUGGUUACUGUGGCACAUUAAACAGUGUGCAAAGAUACCUUAAGAA